GAUUACUUAAUUCUCCUCUUCGCGGGUCUUUUCUGCGCGCCAAGAUUACCGGAUGAGCGAUAGUGCGACAUCUGUCGAUCGUGAUUUGUUGUAAAGAUAUCGGGUGAAAGUAGGGUUAACUUCCUUUCAUCCGGUACGACGAACCGUGAGUGUACAUCGCCAAGAUGGUGAAGAUUAUGAAGACAGGAAAAGUUGUGCUGGUCCUCAGCGGCCGGUACGCGGGAAGAAAAGCCAUCGUCAUGCGCAACUAUGAUGAUGGAACUGCAGAAAAACAGUAUGGACACGCUAUGGUUGCAGGCAUUGACCGGUAUCCAAGAAAAGUCCAUAAAAGAAUGGGAAAGGGAAAGUUGCAUAAACGGUCUAAAAUCAAACCUUUUGUUAAGAUCCUUAAUUACAACCAUUUAAUGCCAACGAGGUAUACAGUCGACUUACAAUUAGAUAAAGUCGCUCCUAAGGAUCUCAAAGAUCCGAUGAAGCGCAAGAAAGUUCGUUUCCAGACACGCGUCAAAUUUGAAGAGAGGUAUAAAAACGGUAAGAACAAGUGGUUCUUCCAGAAGUUAAGAUUCUAAUUGUUUUUAAAUAAAAGUCUGAUAUACAGAUGUAAAAAGAGUGAACACGAUUUUUUCCAUCACAUAAUCCUAUGUAAAGAAUAUAUCAAACAUUUAUAUUUUUAA